GGGUAACCGAAAUAAAUAUCAAGAAUCUGGAGUAUAAAUCUUUCUCUACACCGAAUAACGCGAGUAAGGAAUGUUAUAACAGACCAAAUUCAAAGACAUUUAAAUCGAUUGAUUCUUUUAGCCUCGAUGACAGAACCUUGAACUUGUACCAAAUUACUAUCUCAAAUAACCACGGCAUUAAGAUAAAAGGACUGGAAGAUCUACUUACAUGGAUAAAUGAUGCGGAUAACACUAAUUUAUACUUUGUCGUGCCAUCGAACAUUUUUAAAACAUUUCCCCUGCAAAAAUACAAGACAAUUAAAGACGAAGAUUCUAAAACAAUUCCGACAUGGAUUAACAAAAAAAUAACCCAAUAUGCACUAGAGAUCAACUUGGAUAUUAGUAAUAAAAGCGCAAAAAAACGAUCUAGUGAUGCGAUAUCGGGAGAUGAGGAAACGACAGAGAAGGGAACGAAUAAAGAU